UCACCUGCUGAACCAGAGCGGUAAAAAUGCUGUACCUGGUGGUGAUUCUGCUCUCUGUGUCAGGUAUGAAAUAAACGGUUCAGUGUUCAGUUCUUAGCGUUUUGCUGGCACCAGGACACGGACAGAUUCUUUCAUUUUUAUUUGUAAGCAAUAAACCAGUGUGUGUGGUGUUGCAAAGAAAAAAAGCUCUGAUAUUGGAGACUCCUUCAUUAAAAGGUAAAUAAAUGUUAAUUAAAUGUCACCAUAUCAAUGAUUACACACGUUUUUAAUGCAUUUCUGUGGAGUAUCUGCUGUACCAUGUGACACCGUGUCCUGGUGUCUCACAAUCACUGUAACGCUCAUCAACUAUUCGAGAGAGCUUACAGAGAUGUUUUAUAUGAAUCUUUACGCUCUCUUUUGAAAGACUAAAACAUUUUUGAUAUACAAGCAGCAUUUUGUAGUGGAGGAAAACAAUCAUUUAAAACAAAAUGGACAUUUUAUCAUUUUGUUUAGUCUUUAAUGUUUCACACAUUUUUCGACGCACUUAUUUUGCAGGUGUUUUCAGUGAUUGGGGUGUGAACUAUCCGGAUAAUCCGAUCUGUGCUGUGAGAGGAUUCAGUGUCUCCAUUCCCUGUAGUUAUUAUUAUUCAACAUCAAAACCCAGUACUCAGGUGACACAAAUGCUUUGGUGCUCAAUGAACUCAAACACAGGACUGUGUACAGACCCCCCGUAUGUUUAUAACAGCUCAUCAAUCACCACAUCAGACUUUGAGUAUGCUGGAGACAACAAAUCAAACUGCACUUUGUUAAUCCACAAUGUACAGUUCAAUUAUUCUGGAACGUACAAAUUCAGAUUUAUAACUAAUGUGACCGGUGGCAGAUGGACAGGUGUACCUGGAGCGACUCUACAAGUUGCAGAUUUAAAGGUGUCACUAAUCAGGCUCAGUGGAAACGGAACCCUUAAACAAGGAGACUCGUUAAAUCUGACGUGUGAUGUGAAGUGCACACAAAAUUCCUCACAGUUUGUGUGGUCUAAGAACAACGAGCGCUUAAAUACAUCAGGACCCGUUCUUCACUUUCCUGCUGUAACCGUGAGGGAUUCUGGGAAUUACACCUGCACUUGGAAAACCAACAUGACGUCAGGAUCUGAAACGAUCAGCCUUCUCGUCGAGGGUGGUUGGGGUGUGAAUUAUACCACGCCGAUCUGUGCUGUGAGAGGAUUCAGUGUCUCCGUUCCCUGUAGUUAUUCUUAUCCACAGCAAAAAUAUCAAGUGACACAAAAGCUGUGGUGCUCAAUGAACUCAAACACAGAUAAGUGUAUAGCCCCCCCGUAUGUUUAUAACAGCUCAUCAAUCACCACAUCAGACUUUGAGUACGCUGGAGACAACAAAUCAGACUGCACUUUGUUAAUCCACAAUGUACAGUUCAAUUAUUCUGGAGAGUACAGAUUCAGAUUUAUAACUAAUGAGACCAAAGGCAGAUGGACAGGUGUACCUGGAGCGACUCUACAAGUUGCAGAUUUAAAGGUGUCACUAAUCAGGCUCAGUGGAAACGGAACCCUUAAACAAGGAGACUCGUUAAAUCUGACGUGUGAUGUGAACUGCACACAAAGUUCCUCACAGUUUGUGUGGUCUAAGAACAACGAGCGCUUACCUGAAUCAGGACCCGUUCUUCACUUUCCUGCUGUAACCGUGAGGGAUUCUGGGAGUUACACCUGCACUUGGAAAACCAACAUGACGUCAGGAUCUGAAACGAUCAGCCUUCUCGUCGAGGGUGGGUCCAUCUGCUCACGUCACUCCUGAAUAUCUCGAAUGAUUACUGAAGGAAAUAAAGUGACUUGUGUUCAUGGUAAAUAAUGUAGGUUCCUCUUCAACAGGUGAAAAUCAGUGGACAAUCUGGAUCAUUGUUUUGGUGAUAGCUGGAGUGAUUUUCAUUUCAGUGACUGGAGCUGUGAUUUAC